UAUAAAGAGACCUGCUGAUUCCCUUUGUCACGCCAAUCUAUAUCUUGUAAUUUUUCAUCACGAGAACACACCCAUACUCAUAUUUCAUAUCAAACCAAAAUGCACGGUACCUCUGGUGAAAACGCUGCCAAGAUUGUCUACAAGGGCGAAAACGGUCAAGAAUUCUUUAUUGUCGCCAACCCUGGCAUGGCCCAAAAGUGGCGAAAGGACAAGACUAUUCCAUUGAUUGAUGUUGUCCAAUCAUUCGAUGUUCUUACUACCACAAACCAAAGCAGCACAGGCGAAGCAAUUCGUGUCGCCAAUGGUGUGCUCGAGAGCGAAUUUGGCACUUCAAAUACGGACGAUAUCGUACGUAAAAUUGUGGAAUCCGGAGAGGAGAAGGGUGGCUCUGUUGCAAAGUAAACUAUCAUUUGACGGUGAUGACAGAAAAUACUCUAAACAUUUUGCUUAAAGCAAUCACCAAUCAACAUUAUGCUCCAUAAACAAUAAAGCAUCCACUUGUACAUAUACAGUAUACACAUUCUACUUAAUUUACUGAGAGCAAUGGAAAGCACAUCAUGAUAAUGUCGAUAUAUACGAGAAUACAG